AUGCCUCCAAAAUGGAGGGUACUUCUUAGCCUUCGGUCUGCAAGAGCGUCCGCUAUGAGGGCAAGAAGGGCCCACGAGUCCCAGGAGGUCGCUCAACGCAGCUCCCUCACGCAGGCCUCGCAGUCACAAGAGGAGCGUGCCAACUGCUUGGCUGGGAAAGCUGCCUACAGGAACGCUGCUGCCACUGAGAAAUCAAGGGCAAUAGAGAGACUUGACCGCAGGCGCGCCCGUCAAUCCAGGGACGCUGCUGCAACAGCGAGCGCUAGGGCUGCUGAGACUCCGCUCCGUAGGUCUGUUCGAAAUGCUACGAAUGCUGCCACCACUGCCAGGUCGAGGACAGCUGAAACAUAUGACCGUAGGCGCACCCGUCAAUCCAGGGACGCUGCUGCAACAGCUAGAAACUCCGAGGGCCCACAGACAAGGGCAAACAGACUUUUAAGGGCUGCUACAAACAUGGCCGCUGUGCGCUUAUCUCAAACUCCCAUACGCCUCGACGGCGACAUUCAGCGCCUUGCGGUCGCCCAUAAUAUUACCUAUCCCAGUAGCUCUUUUUGGUCUUUCUUGUCUUUCAAUUACGACUCCGGCAUUAACUUAACUACGCGUGACGACAUCAAUGUAGGGUCCAUGACCUUCGUUUGCCAAUUAUGCAACGCCCGCAAAUGGGCUGGGGAGCCUGCCGGUCUGUGCUGCUCCUACGGCAAAGUUCGACUGCCACCUCUGCAUGAACCACCUACCCCGUUGAGGGGGCUAAUAGCCGGCUUUUAUCUCGACUCCAACCACUUCCUUAAAACAAUUAGGCAAUACAACAGCUCCUUUCAAAUGACCUCAUUUGGGGCUCAAGUGGUUCGAAAAAAGGGUUGGAUGCACACUUUCAAAGUACAGGGGCAGGUAUACCACAGCAUUGGGUCUCUGCUGCCUGAGGAGACCUCUACGCCUAAAUUCCUUCAACUGUACUUUAUUGCAGACUACAACCUACCGGGCGAGACCCGGAUUGGUAUUUCGCCUCAGUCGGGAAGAGUUCCUCGCAGGGACGUCAUACUACUAUUUCAGGCUAUGCUUCACGAGGUUAACAGCUACAUUCUCAGUUUCAAAUAUGUUUUGCAAAAUUCUUUCUUUCCUUUCUUCAUCAUUGUAAUUGACGCCGACAAAUGGCCUCAUGAUGAACACGAACGCCUCUAG